AUGAGUGACUUUGAUAAGAAGAAGCAAUAUCUUUUGAAAGAGAUUGGAUUGAACAGUACAGGAAAGAUCGAUGCAUCUCCUAAAGGUACUAUCGACGAGUUAUGCAUGCCAUUAAUCUGCUUGAUAAAUUCGCAUCAUGAUAUGGUCACAACAUCCUCUUGUUCCGGGAGAUUAUCCGUUUUUGUCGAAGGCAGAAAAGAAGCAGUGACGGAUACCAAUGGGGCUAACAGAGACCAAAUCAAAAUAGGUGCAAAAGGAGAUGGUGGACAUUGGUUGUUUGUAUCCCAUGAGAAGAAUGAAAUUAGGGAUUGGUGGAAGAGAGAAGAUAUAUCUUUGAUUUAUCGAUUGGACCCCGAGGAGCGUAUUUAUGAUUCAAAAACCAGAUAUAUCCUAUUCAAAUAUGAGCCGUUGAUUCUCCAUGUAAAAUGUCGUGAUUUUAAGUCUGCGUCACGUUUAUACAGCACAGCAAUGGGAUGUGGGUUCCGAGAGUCAGGGAUCGGUGCGAAUAACAAUGUUGCUAUUAGAAUUUCUAUUAAGCUUGAUAUUCCUAUCGGCUAUUUAGAUGUGGAUGACAAUCUUGUAUGUGUGGUUGGAGAAGAUUAUUUGAAAAUGGCUACCAAAUUGGCCCAUGAUAGAUUUUUGGAGAAUGAAAGAAAAAUGGAAGUAUUGUAUAAUAAGAUCAAAGAUGAAGUAGUUAACUAUGUUGAGAAAGAAGAGAGGAAAGAAACAAAAGAAGAAAGAAAGGAAAGGAAGAUUAGAGAAGGUUUGGCUAGAAGAGCGGAAGUUCGCAAGCAAAAGGAAGAGAAAAAAAGACUUAAACAGUUGGAAGUAGAGAAAAGUACUGAUAAAGAAGACACUUUAAAAGAAGAAAAAGAUUUGGUUGCUACAUAG